CGACGACCGCGACCGGUGGGCGGCGGAGGCAAGCUGGGUGGGUUUCUACUUCUACUACUACUACCACACGCGCGCGCGAUCUCGCGAGCACAGGUGGUUUCAUCAGCUCACACACAGAGAACAGGAUCAGGAUCAGGACAGAUGGGAGCCGAGAACGGUAGCAACAACCCUUCGUCGACCGUCUUGGAUGGCCUCUACGGGGUGCAGCUCGGCCGUCCAUCGGAUCCGGCACAGACCGACGGUGGGGCGUCGUCGUCACCAGCAGCUUGUGAACACCACCACAAGCGUGGCCGUGGUGGUACAGCACAGGCACAGCAGAGGUUGCAGAUCCGAAGGCUAUGGCAGCACAGACCGUCUUGCUUCAAGCCCAUCCACUGCACCAUUACGUGUGACAAGCAUGCUGGCGAGACUGUCGCGAACGUCGUCACCUCGCUGCCCUUCAUCGUUCUUGGACUGCAGGCUCCAAGGAAGAACCUGAACGCCGCUAUCUACGCCAACUCCCUGGUCGGGAUGGGAGUAGCGUCGAGCCUGUACCAUUCUUCCAGAGGAGGAAUCCGGAGGCUCCUGCGUUGGGCCGACUACACUAUGAUUGCCACCACAACUCUGUGUUUGUCGAGAGCAGUAGGCAACGAGAACCCAAGAUUGCUCAUGGCCGCUUCAGCGUUGCUCCUGCCGUUUCAGCCACUGGUGGUUUCGGCUGUCCACACUGGACUCAUGGAGGUUUCAUUUGCGAGAAGAGCGUCGAUGGAACCGGAGCUCAGGAUGGCGCAUAACCUGCACAAGGUGUCGUCUCUGCUGGGAGGUGCGCUGUUCAUCGCCGACGACUGCUUCCCGGAGACUCCCUAUAUCCACGCCGCGUGGCAUCUUGCUGCUGCCAUCGGCGUUGGCACGUGCAACAAGCUUCUUGAAUGACAACAGCCCGGCCUCCACUCAUGCUGAUAUCAAUGAGCAGUUGAUUUCAGCACCUAUCACGACCUACGCUACGUAGAAUGCACACAGUAUAGCAGCUUGUCGACAUUUAUAACAGAAAACACCAUAUGUCUAUUAUUUGAUAGCCUAGGCUGAACUCCUUCGUCUGACACAUGGUGUGGGAGGGAGUAACGUUUGAGACCAUCUUACAGGCAAUCUGAAGGUGGUGAAGAUUUGUUAAAGACUGAUCCAUUUGCAUCUAUGUCAGUGCACUGAGGAAAAUUGUCAAGACAUCAACACCCGAUGACCAAGUAUUUGCAGUUCUACUUCAAGUAUGGUGUGGAUACAGUUUGCACAUUCUUCAUAUAAAGGAUUUUGGCUUUUGAGUCACGGAUCAACCACUUGGGCCUGUGUUACCAACAUGUAGGACUCAUUCUGAUUCACCCAGCUUCUUCGUGUUAAGUAACCCUAGUUAAGGUUAUGUGGGCAAAUACCGACUUUGCCCCUGAGGGGUCUCAUAUCUCUAUAUAAGGAACCUGUACACCCCUUCAUAAUACAGAGAAGAGAAAGAGGCCAGAGGCCCAACCCU